CGUUUGAGAUUGGCGCAGUUCGGUAUUGACCUCAAAGUUACUGUUUAGUAGCAUUUGGUUCUUAACAGCUGAUUCACAGCACAAACCGAAAAAACCGACAGAAAGGACUCAGUUGCAAUAUUUCUUUUCGCCGAUAUUUGUGUUUUUCUUUUGCAUCUUUUUGUCUUAACAGUAUUUCGUAAAAAUGGCGGGCAGUAGCCCAGGAUCAGAUUGGAGUUUGAUUUUACAGAAACGAUGCCUGGCUCGUAGAGCAGAAAAUGAAACGCAAGGCAACUUACUAGAUGUUGCGAAAUGCGUUGGUAAAACUGAAAGCAGUUUGACUGCAAAUGAUGAUAAUGACUUCAACCCUACUCUGAGCAUUUUGCUGGCAGAUUUUUUUGUUCGAAAUGCCUCACAAAGAAACCUUACAUUUGGAGGAAUCAUAUCCAACAGCUGCAAGAUUAUUAUGCCCAGCUUAUUGGGAGCACUGAAAAAGUCCUGCAAUGAUUUGUUGGCUCAAAAUCCUAGCUCUCAAGCUGUUCAGCCUAGUCAUAUCCUUCUAGCAUUGAAGGCAUUGAGUACUGGGGCAUUGGAGAUGAAUGACACAGAUUUCGAAUUACUUGAAAGCUACUUGAAGGACUCUGACAAAUCAAAGGAUUCUGGCAAGAUUUUUUUUCUCAUUUUUUCAGAAUGCUGCAUGUUGACAGAAUGAUCUGAUGAUUAAAAUUGUUUUAAAUGAUUCAUCAGAACCUGAUGAACGUGGGCUGCCUAUUGGCUGCUAUAUCUGUGGCGACAUCUCACAGUAUCUUUGCUGCUGUGAGCCCUGCCCCCACCAAAUCGGCCGGAAGCGGCAAUCCGAACAUGCCCCCAUCGAAGCAGUCGGCCAGUCCUAAUGCGGCGACGGCCGUUUGCAACCGAGAAGAAGAAUGGGAAAGCAACGCCGUCACGGUCGUCGAGACAGCCGUCGAGAUUUAUCAAACCUUGGCAACUCUCAUCCAGAGAUCGCCUCGCAGCAGCCGGAUGUACUACGAUAACUUUCUGUACGUAGCUGCUUGGCUUCUACUGUCGGGAUUACAGGGUCAAAUGACCCAUACCAGUCAGACGGGAUCAGAAAAGGGAACCAAAGAAGACAAGGGCAAGUCUCCGAGCAAACACAAGGAUGGAUCGAGAAUCAAUUUGACUAAAAUCCAGCAAGGCUACGGAGGCCUGUCGGUUGUCUUGGCUUCGCAGGCGCUUGCCACUUUGGAGAAACUAUUGGAGCCUAAUGGCAUGCUGGAGACGGAAGAAACUCAACCCACGCCCGUUGGCUCUGCGGGGUUUGAUGUCACGGAAAACUACACACACAGCCAGAGAAUUUUCCGAUUGCUUUCGGACCUGCCUCUGACUCAGUUGCUCUUCCACGUCGCCACAGUUAGCUACCGGAAGUCGUGCAACCUGAAACGCAUUCAGAAGAAUGGCGACGGAGAAACGGUGUCACUGUCCGAUUCGGCCACCUAUUACGACGACGACGAUUUCAGUUGCUCGGAAGAGAGCAGCGCUGCCGAAGAAGAGGAAGACGAUGACGACAGUGAGCCGAUUCUUGGUCACUGGUUCGAAGAGACGAUCACGCCGCCUGAGCCUAAGAAUGGCAAGAACAAGGGCGGGCCCCACGAUCCGGAAGAUGCCCGUAACGCCUCGAAAUCGUGCCACCGGAAUCUGGAUAUUUCCCUUUCCGUCCCCGACAAGGGUGAACCGCAUGGCUACAUCCUGUUGGCCACGCAAAUCUUUGCCUUCAUGAACGAUCACAUGCUCUGCUCACCCCGUCUGAGGCAGUACACCAUCAACAGUCUGUCGGAACACCAGCUGAUUCUCUUGUCCGCCAUUGUCAAGGAUCUCGAUCGCGAAACGGCUCGAACCGAGACUGGGACCAUCGCCGCCUUUUUCGGACAAACUCUGGGCCAGCUCUUCAGCCGUUUCUCGCAGUCGUUGGCUCGCUACACGCACAACCUGCUGGCUUACGAACUGAUGAGUCCGUCCCUGCAAAUCGCCUUGCUCAGCCACUUGAACGUCAAUCCGUGGUCGGAAGAAGAAGACUGGCCGCUCCUGGUUCAUCCGAGGAGCUUGGCCGUCUUAGCCCAGGUCCUUUUGUCUAAACAUCGGAAAGACAGCAAAGAAGAAUCUCGUCAAACAAGUGAAGCUGCCUGCUUAUCCAUUUGGAGGCGGCUCUUGGAGACGAUGAUCAAGUACAUUGAAGAUCCGCACGUUGCCGGUGACAGAGAUCGGGAGACCGAGGACUUAAACGUAGAACACGCCCAGCUCCUGCUCUUCCUGUUCCACUCGCUGCAGUUGAUGCAAAAGAAAGCCAUCUUACUUCUCUGUGCACAGACGCUGAUCCGCGCUGCUCAGGCCGCCUUCAGCAUCAUCCCUUUGCACGACACGCAACUGAUGUUGCUCGCUCGGUGAAUAUUCAAUUACAUCAGCAUGAGCUAUCCUCCACUCUAAUACUUCUGUAGUAAAGUCAUCAGUAUUGCCUAAUUCACCAAAUCCAACAACAUAAUCCUUGGUUUUUGCAUCUUUCACUAAUGCCAGUGUUGGCAAAGUUUUAAUCCUCAGUCUCUCUAAAAAUGGGACUAAUCAUUAUAAGAACUUUAAAAAAAUUUUGACUAAUAAUUGAUUAUAGAUACCUGUUAAAAAGGGACAUUUUUCAGCAUUAAUCUUACAGAACUUAGUUUCCAUGUGCUUCCUUGCAAGUAUAUUAAGAUGCUUAUCAAUAACUUUGCAGCGAAAGAAGUCAUCUCUGUAGAAGUGGCAAACAAAGUUUGAAGAUUUUUUUGCCAUUUCCAAGAAAUCCUUUUUCUCAGCUAUCUCGGUACUUUCCAUCCGAAAAUUAAAGUUAAAAAUAUAAAUCGUUAUAAUUACAUUGAUUUUCCAUUGCUGCAUUUUCUGCUGCCUCAAUUUCAUCUCUUGUACUCGUUUCCUCCGAAUAUCUUCCAAGCAUGCUUUCAAGUCAUCUUCCGUCAAAAUGCCCAAUUUGUCAAUUCUUUUUGAACAGGAAAUUGAUAAUAUAUAAUUGAAUAAUUCUA